AUGAUGGAGCCGCGGCCUCGUGCCGAGGUCACAGCGCACCUGGAGGAGCCUCAGUAUGCCUUCUCCCUGAAUCUCUUCGCGGAGGAUUCGCCAGCAGACGAAGCAGUGUCGGAGCAGGACCAGGACAUCUGCGAUGACACGGCGCCAACCCCAUCCGCGGCCUCGCCGCCAAACCCGACGCCACCCAAGCAGAUCGAGCUCAAGAUUCCCACACAGCCACAGGCGCGUGUGCCCACGCUUAUGGCCAACGCGCACCGUGGGCAGAAGGCCCGGCUGAGCAACGUCCAAUCAGCGCCCAUGCUCCCGGCCGUGUUCUCCCCCCACGUCCCGGCGAUGUACGUGACGAGAUCAACUGCCUGGAGGCCCAGUGGCGAGCUGACCCUGAGUGUGUCCUCCUCGUCCCGAAGCUGCUCCACACAGGAGUUCCUGAGCAGCAAGAGCAAGGUGGCCCCCUUGGGCAGCGCCUGGCGCGAGGGCGACGUGAGCGCGGAUGGGGAGGCCGUGCGGUCGAAUCCGGAUGAGGGUGGUGAGUACAUCCACGGCUGCGUUCCCAACUGGGGCCGCGAGCGGGCGGUGAGGUCGGUCGCCGCCGUGGAGCAGAAGUUGAGCUGGACCUACUACCGCAUGCGCGGGCUGCGUGCGGCCGUGCCUCAGCCCCCGCCCACGAGCAAGGAGCGGAGCCAGCGCUUCGACUUCUGGACCGACCUUCGGCCUCCCAUGCGCGUGGAGGGCAUGGAGAGGGACCCGGAGGACAACGACAGCCACCCUGACGGCCUGUUGUUCCGGAUCUUCUACACGUGCCCCCUGGACUACGUUACAGAGAGGAAGUGGGGCCGUCGCACCUCCGAGGGAACCUUCGACAACGUGGCCUGCGGCACGGCCGAGGUCCGGAUCCCGAAGGACUUCCCCCAAAACUCCAAGCAACUCUGCGUGUUGAGCUGGGGUGCUCCGACCCUCAAGUCGAAGAAGUCCCUGCGUCCGCGGGACCCGGUGACCGUGGACCCCAGUAGCUGGAGCCCAAUCACUUCGGAGAUGCAGAGCAGGUCGCAAAGCCGCCGCUUCAACCAACUCCAACAAGCGCUUCAGCGUGCGAACACGAAGCUGGCAGCGGCGCCCAAGAAGACGAGGCACUGGCAGAAGGCAUUGCUCAGCCAUUCGGCAACGCUCGCAGACUUCAUGAAGGCUGAACAGGCGCACAUGGACGAGGAGCAGCCUCCGCCCAGGAUGCGGGACCUGAGGAUCCGGACGGCCUGCGCUGGCUUCGUAGACAUCCAGGGCUGA